UUGUGACGUUUCUUUCCCUUCCGGGUGGUUGCCUAGCAGCGCUCAGCAUGUCCGCUCCGGGCCCGGCCGGCCCUGGCGCGGGGCCGGCGGGCGGCGCGGGGCUGGACGCGGCCCUGGGGAAGGCGGCGGCGUCGGUGUCGGUGCGGUCGCGGCGGAAGCUGCUGACGGCGGAGGAGGCGGAGCUGUUCGAGCUGGCGCAGGCGGCGGGCAGCGGCCUCGACCCGGAAGUGUUCAAGAUCCUGCUGGACCUGCUGCGCAUGAACGUGGCGCCGCUGGCCGUGUUCCAGAUGCUCAAGUCCAUGUGCGCGGGGCAGAGGCUGGCGGCCCCCAGCGCCGCCGCCCCGGACAGCGGCCCCGGCCCCGCCGCCCCCCCCGCCACCGAGGCCAGAGAGGUCCCAUUUGUCUCUGCCAAGAACAGUAAAAUCCCUGCACCACUCUCCUUUUCCUCUGCCCUUCGACCUCCGAGACUAACAGCCACUAAGAUUGUGGUCUUCAGUCCUGCUGAUGCUUGCUCGCCUCUCUCUCAAGGGAGAAAUAAAACCAGUUCUGCAGUGAGUGGAGUCCAGACGUUGGCAGAACGGAGCAGCCGGGAAGGAUCUGCUCAAAGGAUGCCUCGACAACCAAGCACUAGCCGGCUACAGAAGACUGGGACUUCUGGAAAGAGCAGUGGUGGCAGCAGCACGUAGACAAACAUUGGGGCACUGUAAUGGCCUUUGCAAUGUUGUUCCACAAAAGCAAGCCAGCAGCUUGUCACGACAUGUAAAUAAUGACCCAUGCCCACAAACCUGCACCAAUAUUUUGUAUUUAUGAAUUUUAGAACAUAUUAGUGUUACAGAUCUUACAGAUGACCUCUGGAAAGAGUUGGUUCCCUUUUCCCCUUCUUUCCUUUGGAUAUGUUCAUUAAUAAAAUCCAUGAAAUUUUGGA